UAUCAGACAGCCAGGCACAGGCUUCUCACCUCCCUCCUUUCUCCUCUUCUUCUCCUUCUUACUUCUUUUCUGCAUCUUAUCGCAAUCCCGUCAUCAUUCCUGUAUGGUGGAUAUUAUUUUCAACUCUUCUUUCUUGGGUGAUAUGGGGGAUCAUUCCAAAAAGAAGUCCGGAUUCGCGAUGUGUGUAGGCUGUGGAAGUCAGAUACAUGACCAGUACAUUCUGAGAGUUUCCCCGGACCUGGAGUGGCAUGCAGCCUGCCUGAAGUGUGCUGAGUGCAACCAGUACCUGGAUGAGACAUGCACUUGCUUCGUACGGGACGGAAAAACCUAUUGCAAAAGAGAUUAUGUAAGGUUAUUUGGAAUAAAAUGUGCAAAAUGCAACCUGGGAUUCAGCAGCAGUGAUUUGGUGAUGCGAGCCCGGGACAACGUGUACCACAUCGAGUGUUUCAGAUGUUCCGUGUGUAGCAGGCAGCUCUUGCCGGGGGAUGAGUUCUCUCUCCGGGAUGAGGAGCUGCUGUGUCGGGCGGACCACAGUUUACUAAUGGAGCGGAGCUCUGUCGGAAGCCCAAUCAGCCCCGGACAUAUCCACUCCAACAGAUCACUACACUUAGCAGCAGAGCCAGUGACAGUACGGGCACCACACCGAAACCACGUCCACAAGCAGUCAGAGAAGACAACACGAGUGCGAACCGUUUUGAACGAGAAACAGCUCCACACGUUACGGACCUGCUACAACGCCAAUCCGCGGCCAGAUGCGCUAAUGAAGGAACAACUGGUGGAAAUGACCGGCCUCAGCCCAAGGGUUAUUCGAGUUUGGUUCCAGAAUAAAAGAUGCAAAGACAAAAAGAGAUCUAUUCUCAUGAAGCAACUUCAGCAGCAGCAACACAGUGAUAAGACUGUAAGCAUCUUCAGUCUACAGGGGCUCACAGGUACGCCUCUGGUUGCCAGAAGCCCUAUCAGGCACGACAACACGGUGCAGGGUAACUCGGUGGAGGUGCAGACCUACCAGCCUCCCUGGAAGGCCCUCAGCGAGUUCGCCCUGCAGAGUGAUCUGGACCAGCCGGCCUUUCAACAACUGGUGUCUUUCUCGGAAUCUGGUUCAUUGGGAAACUCAUCCGGCAGCGACGUGACUUCUCUGUCAUCGCACUUACCCGACACCCCGAACAGCAUGGUACCCAGUCCCGUGGAGACGUGAGACCGAGCCACCAGCCUCGGUCCCAGGCCUAGCAUGUUCCCGCCCCGGUGCCCUGCAUGUGACCAGCUCAUCACAGCGUCCUAAAGACAGAGGAGUCCUUUCGGACAUGGAGGAGAAAAUGACAUAUUCUAAAUGUUGAACAAUUACCUAACGGCACUAUAAAGCAACGCGAACGAAAGCCCUUCUUCUUUAAGACUCAGUUCAGCAGUUUUGAGGAUAUCAGUGACAAAAGAAAACCGAACUUCGUUGCAUGAACCGAAAGAAGAUAGAAGAUUCUCGUGAUGGAUUUACAAAACAGCCUCCCUCCAUAUUACAUUGGAGCCAUUUAAUGUCGAACCAGAUGGACAUUCUGCAAUUCAUUUUGAACAUGUCGUGUCUUGGUUUCUUUAUGUGAUUUUUGAUACAUUUAUUUCGUUAUCAAGCCCAUAGACUCGUGUGUUUGUCUUAAAAAGGAGCAUGAUUUCCGAAGAUUAUAUAAAACAGAUUAUUGUUGUUAAAUAUUUGAUCUUAAUAGGAAAGGGGCAGGUUGUUUGAGCCUCUCUAACAAACGUAAGUUAUUGUUAUUUAUUGUCAGGACAAAGAUUCAUAAAGGAAGUAAUAACGGAUCAAAAAUAAACUGUUAAAUCUUUAUAAUGUCUAAGGUA